AUGGAACCAUCAAGCCCCGACGCGGCCUCCUUCACCCUCCGCCCCAUCAUCCAGGACCUGGUGCGCACGCGCUUCGCGGUCCCCGGAUCCAUCUUCCUCGUCGAGGACAUUCAAACCGUUGCCCUCACACAAUCUCGUCGCUGGCAAGUCAUCCGCCUGCUGCUCGGCGACGGCGAGCUCUGCAUCCAGGCCCUCCUGGCCGACGCAAUGCACCGCUUCGUGCACACGCGCGACAUCACAGUCGGCAGCUACGUCUGCGUGCAGGACUUCCAGCUCCGCCAGAGGACCACGGCCUCGGACACCGGCAAGGCGCAGCAGAUGGUGUACCUGGUCGUAAACGACUUGGAGACGCUCGGGUGCAACGACGACGUGCGCAGCAUGCACGACGAGCAGCUGGCCGGCGAGGCAUCGCCCGCGGUCUCGGCAGCCAGCACGCCCGCAAAGCCGGAGCCGCCCCCCGCCGUGGCCGCCCAGGCACCCGGAGAUGGCGAGGACUUUGAGGACGACGACAUGGAGGAUGCCUUUGACGAGUUUGAGGCCCUCGCGUUCCCUGCCAGGAAGGCGCCGUCGCCGUCCAAGCCGGCGGCCCAACCCUCCAGCAAACCGUCUCUGCCCGUCGCGCUGCCGCGGGACUGGCACGACGUCCAGACACCCCUCAAGCUUACCACGCUGCGCGCGAUACCAAACUUGCCCUACCGCCAAAACUGGUCGUGCAACGUCCUCGCCAUCGUGGCGUCCUUGUCGGCCGUCGAGUCUUCCCAUUUGCCGCCGUACAGGCAGCGCACGGCGCGCAUCACCGACCCCUCCACGGCCAAGCAGGUCCACCUGGCUGUGUUUUUGGACCCCGACGAAUUUACCCCCAGGGUUGGGAGUGCCGUGCUGCUGACGGGCGUCAAGAACCACCGGUUCGACGGGGGCAGUUUGAAGAAGUAUGCGAGUGACAGGGGGCGUGGCAGGUGGUGGUUUGAAGACCCGUGGGAGUUGGCCUGGUGCGAUGUUCGGGGGAUCAAGGACUGGUGGGCCGAGAUGGAGGCGUAUUUUGCGAGUCAAAUGUCCGAGGAGGUUAUUGGCGGCGAUGUGUGA